AUGAGUUUAUGCCCUGGAUAUUGGCCUUUUGGGGAAAUUUGGUGCAAUGUUUACGUUACAUGCGAUGUACUUGCGUGUUCCUCGAGCAUAUUGCACAUGUGUUUUAUUUCACUCGGUCGAUAUCUCGGCGUAAGGAGACCGGUAGAGACACGACGUGACUCAACGAUGCGGUCCAAUGCAUUUAAAAUAGCAGCUGUUUGGUGUCUAGCCUUGCUUGUGUCCAGUUCAAUUACAGUAUUAGGAUUGACAAAUCCAAUGAAUAUAAUGCCAAGACCGGAUAUAUGUAUGAUAAAUAAUCGAGCUUUCUUCGUAUUUGGUUCGUUGGUAGCAUUUUACAUACCAAUGAUCGUAAUGGUAAUCACUUACGUCCUAACUGUUCAGUUACUGCGUAAGAAAGCGCGGUUUAUUCAUAAGCAAACCAUGGGCGACGAAUUUAGAAGGCUUGGAGGGAGGUAUUCCUCGACAAAGUCGCAUCAUACCCACUCUAGGCCUACUUCUAGUGCACUGUCUUCUAGACAACUGUGGAGGUUUUCUGGUGGAAGUACUACUGGCAAUAGCCGGGGUACGAGCACGUCACCAUCAAGCUGCGAACUUAAUGGAGUUACUCAAGAGACGGAUGUGGACUCGACUCUGCAACUGCAAGUACGCAGGUGCAUCAGCAAGACCGAUCAGGCGAUACAAACUCCGGAAAAUAUUGCGCGUGAGACGAGAAACUUCCGACUUAGAUCCCUCAAACUUCACCUCAACGUCGCGCCAACAAAUCUAAAUCUCAGGUUUCUACAGGGAAGAUCCAAGCGAUCACCGGCGGCAAACGCGGUCGCGACGGAACAAAAAGCCAGCAAAGUCUUGGGCUUAGUAUUUUUCACAUUUGUCUUUUGCUGGGCGCCAUUCUUCAUCCUCAACAUUUUCUUCGCAGCGUGUCCGGAUUGCAAUGUGCCAAACCACGUGGUCGACACCUGCCUUUGGCUCGGCUACGUUUCCUCUACAAUCAACCCCAUUAUUUACACCGUGUUCAAUCAGACGUUUCGCGCCGCAUUCAUUCGCUUACUCAAGUGUAAAUGUUAUAGAUAUGCCCGACUGCCACGUUACCGUUCAGUUAACGAAGGACGGGCGGCUCUUCCGGGUAUGUGUACUCCCUCUAGUGCAUUGCCUCUUGCAAUAGGCCUCCAAGGCACACCUCUACUCACACCCUCAGUGAUUCCAACAGUGACACCAGCUUCUGGAAGCUCUUGUGUUACUGAAAUUACUCAGACAACAUUUAGUGUUCUACCGCACGACACUUUUAUUGAUGACCAGUGUGAUCAAAAGUGUUGA